AUGGAGUCACCACAACCAAAGCUUCCCAGGCGCUCCCGAACUAGCCCCUACAACCGGCUUGUCACCAUUGCCGUCGCAUUCGGCUCCUUUACGUAUGGCUACUGCUCCGCUAUCAUCGGCAGCACCAUCGGCCAGCCGGGCUGGUACGACUUCUUCGACUUGCCCAUGCAGGGCGAGGCAGGCUACGGCACUCGCACUACGCAGGCUAUCUCGACCGCCAAUGGACUCUACAGCGCGGGCGGCGCCGUGGGCAGCCUCUUCAUCAUGUGGGCUGCCACGGCGCUGGGUCGCAAGACGUCCAUCCAGAUAGGAGCCUUGUGCGCCGUCGUGGGAGGCGCCUUUCAAGGAGGCGCGGCGAACCUCGCCAUGUUCCAGGUUGGUAGGGUUAUAUCCGGCCUGGGAAUCGGUAUCCUCGUCACGGCGUGCCCCAUGUACCUCUCUGAGCUGUCGCCUCCUGACAAGCGUGGAUGGCUCGUAGGCCAUCACGCCAUCUUCCUUGUCUUCGGGUACAUGCUCUCUGGCUGGCUGGGGUUCGCGUGUUACUUCGCAACCGACGUCAACGCCUCGUUUGCCUGGCGCUUUCCGCUCUGCGUACAGUGCCUCUCGCCGCUCGUGCUGCUCGUCACGUCCAUAUGGAUCCCCCGGUCGCCGCGAUGGCUGCUCCAGAAGGGCAGGGUCGAGCAGGCAUGGAAGGUGCUUCGCGAGCUGCGAAGGUCGCCUGAUGACCCCGAUGACUUGGUCGCGAAGGAGGAGCUGUACCAGGUCAAGAUGCAGAUUGCCUUGGACGCGCAGAAGCUCAAGGCCAUCGGCUGCACGCCGUGGACCGCGGUUAUCAAGAAGAAGAGCUACCGCAAGAGGAUGAUUAUCGGCUUCCUCACGCAAUGGGGUGCUGAGUUUGCCGGCCCGCUUGUCAUUAAUAACUACUCAGUCAUCUUGUACACCAACUUGGGGCAGACAAACUACAUGCCCUUGCUUCUUUCCGCGCUAUGGCUCACGACGGCCGGUAUCAUCUACAACCCUCUCGGCGCCUGGAUGCACGACAAGGUCAACUCCCGGCGAUGGAUGUUCAUGGUCGGCCUUUUUGGCUGCCUCUUUACGACUUCGGGUCUCAUUGGCUGCAUCGCUCAAUAUGGCGGCACGACCAACCAGGCAGGCAAUGCUGCCGGCGUCUUCUUUGUUUUCUUGUACCUUGCGUUCCAAGGCACUCUCUGCGACACAACCAUGUAUCUCUACGUCUCUGAGAUCUUCCCGACGGAGAUCCGCCCCAUCGGCAUGGGCUUCUCCCUCUUCGGGCAGUUCGCGUCCACCAUCAUCCUGCUGCAGACUGCGCCCAUCGGACUCGACCGCGUGGGGUGGCGCUACUACCUCGUCAUCGUGGCAUGGUGCAUCGUCUUCAUCCCCAUAGUCUACUUCUUCUUCCCCGAGACGGCCCGCCUUUCGCUCGAGGAGAUUUCGGCGCGGUUCGGCGACGACGUCGCGGUGCAUGUCAAUGACGUGUCGGAGGCGCAGCGCAAGGAGCUGGACGACUUCUUGAGGGGCGCGGACGUGACGGCUAUUGCGGAUCGGGGUGCUGAUGGCGAAAAGAUCUCUGCGGAAAUGGUUGAAGGCGGCAAUGGAAAGGGUUCGGCGUAG